AUAUUUCUGUGCAACAUGCACAAUGUUUUCUAUCGGAAGUUUCUUAUCUCUCGUCAUUUCAUCCUCUGUUUCAGCUUACUUCAUUUCAGAGGAAGCGCCCUUCGACUGCAAAGGUUUCAGCUUUAUUGUGGCGAGUUUCUUCUUGGUCAGUCCUCUUCCUCUCACGGUCAUUUCAGAGGAAGCGCCCUUCGACUGCAGGGAUUUGCCAUUGGUUCAGCUGCUCUUGUGUCUCUGGCGCUUUUUGGUGCCUUCAUCAGCAGAGCUGGAGUGAAGGUUGUCCAUGUCCUCUCCCCCAAGGUUUUCAUUGGUUUGAUUGUUGGAGCCAUGCUUCCCUAUUGGUUCUCUGCCAUGACCAUGAAGAGUGUUGGAAGUGUCGCCCUAAAGAUGGAGGAGGAGGUCCGCAGACAGUUCAACACCAUUCCUGGGUUGAUGGAGGGAACUGCCAAGCCUGACUAUGCAACCUGUGUGAAGAUCUCCACUGAUGCUUCCAUCAAGGAGAUGAUUCCUCCUGGUGCUCUGGUCAUGCUCACUCCCCUCAUUGUUGGAACCCUCUUCGGUGUUGAGACUCUCUCUGGUGUUCUUGCUGGUGCCCUGGUUUCUGCAGGUGCGUGCUUUGCCUUCUUGUGCACUUCAAUGUGUUUGCUUGUUCUAGGAUUUAUGGAUUUCUGCUUGAUGUUUGCCAUCUUUGCUCCCAACACCGGUGGUGCAUGGGACAAUGCUAAGAAGUACAUUGAGGCUGGUGCCAGCGAGCAUGCCAGGACCCUCGGCCCCAAGGGAUCUGACUGCCACAAGGCUGCUGUGAUAGGUGACACCAUUGGUGACCCCCUGAAGGACACCUUGGGCCCGUCCCUCAACAUCCUGAUCAAGCUUAUGGCGGUGGAGUCCCUUGUGUUUGACCCCUUCUUCGCCACCCACGGCGGCCUGUUGUUCAAGUACCUGUAAGGGCCACAACAUCUCGAAUAACUCCUGCCAAAUCGCCAGUUCAUGUGUAUUGUGCGCUAGCCGCCUAGCUGCACUGCUGUUUUUUUGGGUCUCAUUGUUCGUAUUUUCUCCUU